GUCUUCCAUUCACUGGUUCACUCUCCAAAUGUCUGCAAUGGCUGGAGCCAGGCCAAUCCAAAGCCAGGAGCCAAGAGCUUCUUCUGGGUCUCCCACGUGGGUGCAGUGGCCCAAGGACUUGGGCUAUCUUCCACUGCUUUCCCAGGCCAUUGCAGAUAGCUGGAUCGGAAGUGGAGCAGCUGGGACUCGAACCGGCAUCCAUAUGAGAUGCUGGCACUGCAGGUGGUGGCUUUACCUGCUACACCACAGCACCGUUGGGCUAUCUUCUUAUGCUUUUCCAGGCCAUUAGCAGGAAGCUGGAUCAGAAGAGGAGCAGCCAGGACACAAACCAGUGCCCACAUGGGAUUCUGACACUGCAGGCUGUGGCUUUAAUCCCACUAUGCACAGUGCCGACCCCUUCCCAUUUUCUGAAAUAUUGAUUCUAACUUCCUCAACUGAUUUCAUGACUUAAAGAGCCAAGACCCACAGGUGAAAAAGCAGUGGUUGAGUGUGAUUCAGUUCUAACGUUGCUCUGGAAAACUGGUUUGACACACUUUGUUGUCUAGACGAAUGAGAGGAGCCCUUCAGAACUGAUGGAGACUCUGAAGCAGCAGACUUAGGUUUUUGCUCGCUUGUUGGCUUCCUUAGCUGCCAGUGUUUAGCCCUGCAGUUUACUUCAUCACUUGGCUUUCUUCAGGCCAUGCUGUUCUCAGCUGGUUUCCUUUUGUUCAGACUUAGCUCGUCCUUUGGACUGGGAGAUAGCUCCUAGAAGGAAAGAUCUAGAAUAAUGAAGCUCACACUUCUUAUGUUUUCUGUGUGCUAGGCACUUUCCUGUUUUACAUAUAUUACUCCUCAUGACACCCUAUAUGCCAGAUUCCUAAACUACUUUGAUUUUAUAGGUGGGGAAACCAAAGCCUGUGGAAGUUCAGUAGCUUACCCUUCACUAGAGUUCUUCUGCAGCUUACCUUGAAGUGUUGGGCAGUGUUCCCCAUAGAAAUGAUUUCAGUAAUGGAUAUUGUAUGAAAUUAAACUAGUUUCUGAUCCUACUUUCUUAACUCCCCUUAUGACUUUUCUCACCACAAGGUUAUUCAAGUUUAGAGAUUAAUAUUGUCCUUAAUUAUUAGAGAUUCAUGGAAAUUGAAUAAAAGUACUAAAUUUUGCUUGGAGUGCAGAGUUUGGUUAAAUUGGUCAGAGUCAGAAUUGAAUAAUGACUGUGCUGUGAGCCCUAAUAGUAAAGCCCUGUCAUCCUCCCCCAGGCCUGAGUUUGAGAAUGAAUAAUGUUGCAGAAAUGCCCACUUAUUCUUAGUUCAUUAAUUUACCAAUCUGGGAUCCUUAAUAUGCCUUCUUCCAGUCCCUGCCCACCACAACAGCUGUUGCAGCCUGGCUCAGGCCUCCUGGACUAAUAGUAUUUCUGACACAGUGUGUGUUUUCAAGUUGGUAUGUGUGAUUUCUGCCAGUCUCCACAGCUGCCAAGCCUCAGGGUUGGAGGUUGCAAGUGAUUUGAGGGGGAGGGAGUUUGGUGCUUGUCACUGACAACAGAACAAGGUGCUCUCUGCUACUCUGAUUUGUAGCAGGCUGAGUGUGAAUGAUGUCAGGCAGAUCAGAGGACAGCUGAUUCAUUUGGGAUCUGGAACUCUUCACUCUGCCUCGCUGCUGCCUCCUGGGCUGUUAGGUUUUUAGGAAGGUUUCUGAGUAUCAUGUUUUUAAAGAAAAGUACUUUAAUUUUUCAUAUAAGUUUGGGAAGCCUUUGUAAGUUUCUUUUGGCUGACAUAAUACCUACUUCUUUUGUGAGAGAACUUCCUGCCAAGACUCCGGUGUGAGAGGGCAAGACUUUGAGUAGUCAGGAGAAUGAUGAAACGGAGGAGAGAGAGACUGGGAGCACCAUGCCUGCGGAUUCAAAUCUCUACUCUUUGCCGAGGAGCCGAAGUAAACCAUCACAUAUUUUCUUCCACAUCAACUCCAGCCCUCUGUCUCCCUAAAGUCCCAUUUAGUGCCGACUGUGUGCUGGCUACUUCUCCUCUUGUCUUUUUCCUGAACCCACAAGCCCACAGCAGUCCUGGCAGUCCCUGUUCCAGCCACCCACUACAGUGGAGUUGUCGGACAAGUAACCGCAAGAGCUUGAUUGUGACCUCUAGCACAUCACCAACACUACCCCGGCCACAGUCACCACUUCAUGGCCACACCGGUAACAGUCCUUUGGACAGCCCCCGGAAUUUCUCUCCAAAUGCACCUGCUCACUUUUCCUUUGUUCCUGCCCGUAGCCAUGGCCACAGAGCAGACAGGACUGAUGGACGGCGCUGGUCUUUGGCCUCUUUGCCUUCUUCAGGCUAUGGAACUAACACGCCUAGCUCCACUGUCUCUUCAUCGUGCUCCUCACAGGAAAAGCUGCAUCAGUUGCCUUUCCAGCCUACAGCUGAUGAGCUGCACUUUCUGACGAAACAUUUCAGCACAGAGAGUGUACCAGAUGAGGAGGGACGGCAAUCUCCAGCCAUGCGGCCCCGCUCCCGCAGCCUCAGUCCUGGACGGUCCCCAGUUUCCUUUGACAGUGAAAUAAUAAUGAUGAAUCAUGUGUACAAAGAAAGAUUCCCCAAGGCCACUGCACAAAUGGAAGAACGACUAGCAGAGUUCAUUGCCUCCAAUACUCCAGACCACGUGCUGCCCCUGGCAGAUGGAGCCCUGAGCUUUAUUCAUCAUCAGGUGAUCGAGAUGGCCCGGGACUGCUUGGAUAAAUCUAAGAGUGGCCUCAUUACUUCACACUACUUCUAUGAACUUCAAGAGAAUUUGGAGAAGCUUCUGCAAGAUGCUCACGAACGCUCGGAGAGCUCAGAAGUGGCUUUUGUGAUGCAGCUAGUGAAAAAGCUGAUGAUUGUCAUUGCCCGCCCGGCCCGCCUGCUGGAAUGCCUGGAGUUUGACCCUGAAGAGUUCUACCACCUGUUAGAAGCAGCUGAGGGUCACGCCAAAGAGGGACAUGGGAUUAAAUGUGACAUUCCCCGCUACAUCGUCAGCCAGCUGGGCCUCACACGGGAUCCCCUUGAGGAAAUGGUCCAGUUGAGCAGCUAUGACAGUCCUGACACUCCAGAGACAGAUGAUUCCGUCGAGGGCCGUGGAGCAUCUCUGCCAUCUAAAAAGACACCUUCUGAAGAGGACUUCGAAACCAUCAAGCUCAUCAGCAAUGGCGCCUACGGGGCUGUGUUCCUGGUGCGGCACAAGUCCACCCGGCAGCGCUUCGCCAUGAAGAAGAUCAACAAGCAGAACCUGAUCCUGCGGAACCAGAUCCAGCAGGCCUUUGUGGAGCGGGACAUACUGACUUUUGCCGAGAACCCCUUUGUGGUCAGCAUGUUCUGCUCCUUUGAGACCAAGCGUCACUUGUGCAUGGUGAUGGAGUAUGUAGAAGGGGGAGACUGUGCUACUUUGCUGAAGAACAUUGGGGCCUUGCCCGUGGACAUGGUGCGUCUGUACUUUGCGGAAACCGUGCUGGCCCUGGAGUACUUGCACAACUACGGCAUCGUGCACCGAGACCUCAAACCUGACAACCUCCUGAUUACAUCCAUGGGUCACAUCAAGCUCACUGACUUCGGACUUUCUAAAAUUGGCCUCAUGAGUCUGACCACAAACUUGUACGAGGGCCACAUCGAAAAGGACGCCCGGGAGUUCCUGGACAAGCAGGUGUGUGGGACCCCAGAAUACAUAGCGCCUGAGGUGAUCCUGCGGCAGGGCUACGGGAAGCCUGUGGACUGGUGGGCCAUGGGCGUCAUCCUGUACGAGUUCCUGGUGGGCUGCGUGCCUUUCUUCGGAGACACGCCCGAGGAGCUCUUUGGGCAGGUGAUCAGUGACGACAUUGUGUGGCCUGAGGGUGAUGACGCGCUGCCCCCAGAUGCCCAGGACCUCACCUCCAAACUGCUGCACCAGAACCCUCUGGAGAGACUGGGCACAGGGAGUGCCUGUGAGGUGAAGCAGCACCCGUUCUUCACGGGCCUGGACUGGACAGGGCUUCUGCGUCAGAAGGCUGAGUUCAUUCCUCAGCUGGAGUCAGAGGAUGACACCAGCUACUUUGACACGCGCUCCGAGCGGUACCACCACGUGGAUUCAGAGGACGAGGAAGAAGUGAGUGAGGACGGCUGCCUUGAGAUCCGCCAGUUCUCUUCCUGCUCUCCACGGUUCAGCAAGGUGUACAGCAGCAUGGAGCGGCUCACACUGCUGGAGGAGCACCGGACGCCGCCCCCCACCAAGCGCAGCCUGAGCGAGGAGAAGGAGGAGCGCUCGGAUGGCCUGGCAGGGCUGAAGGGCCGGGACCGGGGCUGGGUGAUUGGCUCCCCUGAGAUAUUGCGGAAGCGGCUGUCCGUGUCCGAGUCGUCCCACACGGAGAGUGACUCGAGUCCUCCAAUGACAGUGCGGCGCCGUUGCUCAGGCCUCCUGGAGGGGCCUCGCUUCCCUGAGGGCCCUGAAGAGGCCAGCAGCACCCCCAGGAGGCAGCAGCAGGAGGGAAUAUGGAUUCUGACACCCCCGUCUGGAGAGGGGGUACCUGGGCCUGUCCCCGAACGGCCUGUGGAGCGGUGGCUGAAGCUGGAUGAGGAGCCUGCUGGCCAGAGCUGUAGUUCCAGUCCAGCCAUGGAGACCCGAGGCCACAGUACCCUGCACCUGGCUGAGGGAGCCACAUCCAAGGCCAUCAGUGACCUGGCUGUGCGCAGGGCCCGCCACCGGCUGCUCUCUGGGGACUCUCUAGAGAAGCGCGCCACACGCCCUAUCAACAAAGUGAUCAAGUCCGCCUCGGCUACAGCCCUUUCCCUUCUCAUCCCUGCAGAGCACCACGCCUGCUCUCCACUGGCCAGUCCCAUGUCCCCACAUUCUCUGUCAUCCAACCCGUCAUCCAGGGACUCCUCUCCAAGCAGGGACUUCUUGCCAGCCCUCGGCAGCUUGAGGCCUCCCAUCGUCAUCCACCGAGCUGGCAAGAAGUAUGGCUUCACCCUGCGUGCCAUUCGUGUCUACAUGGGUGACUCAGAUGUCUACACUGUGCACCACAUGGUGUGGCACGUGGAGGACGGAGGCCCCGCCAGCGAGGCAGGGCUCCGCCAGGGCGACCUCAUCACCCACGUGAACGGGGAGCCCGUGCACGGGCUGGUGCACACCGAGGUGGUGGAGCUGAUCUUGAAGAGUGGAAACAAGGUGUCCAUUACGACGACUCCCCUGGAGAACACUUCCAUUAAAGUGGGACCAGCUCGGAAAGGCAGCUACAAGGCCAAGAUGGCCCGAAGAAGCAAGCGAAGCAGGGCCAAGGAUGGCCAGGAAAGAAAGCGGAGCUCCCUGUUCCGGAAGAUCACCAAGCAGGCGUCCCUGCUGCACACCAGCCGCAGCCUCUCCUCCCUCAACCGCUCCUUGUCAUCAGGGGAAAGCGGCCCGGGCUCCCCCACACACAGCCACAGCCUCUCUCCCCGGUCUCCCACCCAGGGCUACCGCGUGACCGCCGAGGCCGUGCACUCAGUGGGAGGCAGCUCCUCACAGAGCAGCUCCCCCAGCUCCAGCGUGCCCAGCUCCCCAGCUGGCUCCGGCCACACCCGGCCCAGCUCCCUGCACGGCCUGGCGCCCAAGCUCCAGCGCCAGUACCGCUCACCUCGGCGCAAGUCAGCCGGCAGCAUCCCUCUGUCGCCACUGGCCCACACGCCUUCGCCGCCGCCAGCGUCCUCCCCGCAGCGUUCCCCGUCGCCCCUCUCUGGCCACGGAGCCCAGGCCUUCCCUGCCAAGCUGCACCUGUCACCGCCCCUGGGCAGGCAACUCUCGCGGCCCAAGAGUGCAGAGCCACCGCGCUCACCGCUGCUUAAGAGGGUGCAGUCAGCCGAGAAGCUGGCGGCCGCGCUCGCCGCCGCCGAGAAGCUGGCCGCGUCCCGCAAGCAUAGCCUGGAGCUGCCCCAUUCGGAGCUCAAGAAGGAGCUGCCGCCCCGGGAAGCCAGCCCUCUGGAAGGCGUUGGCACCAGGGGCGUGCUGUCUGGGAAGGGGGCACUGCCGGGGAAGGGGGUGCUCCCGCCAGCUCCCUCAAGGGCCCUGGGCACCCUCCGGCAGGACCGAGCUGAGCGGCGGGAGUCGCUGCAGAAGCAGGAAGCUAUCCGCGAGGUGGACUCCUCGGAGGAUGACGCCGACGAGGGGCCUGAGGAGGGCCAGGGAAGGCUCGCACCCGGCUCGGCCCCUAACCCGGAAGCGGGCCAGAACCCACCCCUCCGAGGAGCAGGGCAGGGCGGGGGAGAGGACGCCUGCUUGCCCAGGGCCCAGGGGCCAGCGGUCCCAGGCCUGCUGACAGGGGUCGUGCUGGGUCCUCCCAGAAUCGAAGGGCCCACUGUUGCCCAGAGGAAGCUUGGGAGCCCACAAGCCCUUGAGGAGGCCAGCAGGCCUUCCUCAGCAGCCCCCGGCCCGGGUAGGUCUGGGCCCACAGCCCCCCACCCCCCUGAAGGCUGCUGGAAGGCCCGGCACUUCCACGGCCAGGCACCGUCAGCACUUUGUCCCAGCUCCUCAGAACUCAGACCCACCAGUCACUCUGCUGCCGCCUGCACCUCUGCGAGCCCGGACAGGUGGCCUUGGAAAUGCCUCACCAAGGGCCCUGGCGAGGCGUCCCCCAGCAGAGAGGCCCCCGGGGGAGGUGGGCUGGGCAGCCGGCGGGAUUUGGAAGCCACAGCUCCAGCUGCAGCCCACCGGGAGGACCUGUCGCUCAAGCAGGCGGUGAAGUCCCAGGCACCUGCUGACCCUGGCGCGGCCCGUCCACCCUGCGAGGCCCCCAGCCAGAGCUGGCUCUGGGAGCCUGUGUGUGUACAAGGAGAGAGAGCGCAGCCAUCCCUGGGCAUCACUGCAGUGCCUGAUGCCUCGGGUGACAGGAGGCAGGAGGUCCCGUGCAGCAGCUGCCCCGCCACCCGAGAGACUGGCCUCGGCGUGCUCUGGAGGAGCAGGGGGCCGGGGGGCCAUCCGGAGCGUCAGGACUCGGCACCAGAUGCGCUUUUAAAGCAGACAUAGCAACUGUUUGCCAUUUCUUGCACUCAGACUUGUGUAAUACAUGCUCCUGGAAACCA